AUGGUGACAACUGAGAAGUCCAUAGCAACACUUUCGGACAUGGAAAAAUCUGGGGGAAGAAGGAUCUAUAACAUCAACCCUAGGAAAAAUUAUAUGUCCCAGGAAGUGAUCCCUACUAUUUUCUCUCAGAACCCAAAAGGCAAAACCUCAAAGAACAAAGAGCUUUAUCAAUAUAUGAGGGUAUCGUUGAAGAUCAUUUUGGGAACCAUUCAUCACCGUCCUGCUUCCAUCUCUUAUGACUACAUCAACACAGACCAGAAAUGCAUCCUCUACUGCCUGCACAAAGAUAUUCCUAACCCACCUUCUCCAACUCUUGCAGAACUUCAAGCCAUAGCUGAAUCUAAAAAGACUCAGUAUGUACCAAAACCUUUUGAGCCCAUUCCACCUCCCUCUAAACCCACUUCUGAACUUUAUGAACCCACUUCUCAACCCUAUGAACCUGACCUCACCUUUCCUACCAUUGAUGAGGUUUUUGCCAAGUUCUCAGAGAACUCUGCUUCCAGGCUCAAUGACAAUCCUUCUGAAGUGCGUCUGGCGCAAGAAGCUGCUGAAAGGGCUAGGAGGGAAGCUAAAGAAAGAGCUGCUGCUAAGGAGGCAAUUGAGAAAUCUGCUGCAGAGGCUGAAGCUAAAGAAAAAGCUGACGCUGAAGCAACAUUGGUUGCUAAAGCUGCUAGAAAAUCCAGAGAAGAUGCUGAGAAGGCUAAUGAGGUUGCUCUGACUCGAGGUGAGUCAUCAACAUCUGAUCUAACUUCCUUUGUCCUCAAGACUCUGGAAGAGCUACAGAAAUAA